UGACCCCCCCACCACAUCCUCCACGCGCUGGCUGCUACUGGUGCUGCUGCUGCUAUGUCUUGGAUGUGUUUGAAUGGCAGGACGAAAACAAUCGCGUCCGCCUGUGAACUUACCGGAGAUAUCCUGCUGCUGACAUUUUAUCUACUCGUGUGUGUGUGCGUGUGUCAUCCGCGGUGUGUCCGAGUCAAAGGGACGCUGUUGUAAAGAGGAAUUGACGUCAAGCAAGCCUGAUUUUAUGCCCCCAACAGCAUCACCGGUUCACUGCACUCCUGAGAAGCUCGCUGCUCUCCUGAGGCAUUUCCUCCUCUCCGCUCGCUAUUCCCCGACUCCAUCUCUGCUCCCAGGUAACCUGUGGGCAUUACUCGGCACGCUCGGAGCUUCAGGGCAGACAGACUGACUCAGGCGCUUUACACACCAUCUACAAUUAGAGCCUCUGUAGGAAAAGAUCAGAAUCCACCAGCCAGUGAAGAAGCCAUGCUUAUCUGGUCCCCUCAUGGCCGUGCCACUAUGAUCAUCACUCUUCUCCGGUCCCAGCUUAUGUUUGUUCUGGCCCUGACUGUGCUUCUCUGCCCCUUGGGCCGAGUAGCAUGUCAGGGGGAAGCUCAGAAACAGUCCCCUGCUCAGGUGCUCCAGGACCUCCUGUCCCGCUAUGGAGACAACAGCACCAUCACAGUGCCCCAGCUGCGCUCUCUGCUGGCCCUCCUCAGCCAGAGUCAGGAUGAAGGGGACAGCGACAGCAGCAAUGUGGCCGAGACACCUACAACAAUCCCACCUCCCAAAUCGAACCGCUCCAAGUGCUUGCCUGCAGACACGCUGGCAAUUUACAGCAUCAGCGAGCAGUCCCGACUGGAUGGGCAGGGCUUACGGGAGCUGUGCCCCACCAUGCUGCAGCAGUUGGAUGCUGGCUCCUGCAAGGCGCAAAAAGAGGAAGAGUCAAGCAUUGACCCCUCCCCCAGGCCCUCAGAUGCCGAAGUGUGGGGCUUUUCUUUCCUGAGCGUGACAGUGAUCAAUGCCUUCUCCCUCACCGGAGUCUUCAUCAUUCCCUUCAUGAAGACGCGCUAUAUGAAAUACUUGCUCAUCUUUUUCAUCGCUCUUGCCAUUGGCACGCUGUACUCCACUGCCAUCCUGCAGCUCCUGCCAGAGGCCUUUGGUUUUGACCCCAUGGUGGAUUUCUACGUGUCCAAAUCUGCGGUGGUGUUCGCAGGCUUUUACCUCUUCUUCUUCACUGAAAAGGUCCUCAGAGUGCUUCUCAAACAGAAAAAUGGGAGCCACGGCCACAGUCAUUACCCCGUUACAGAUGUGGAGGAGGGCGAGAAGGAGAAGCUGCAGCAGAACGGAGAAGCCAGCAGCCUGGCUCUGGGCAAGGUGGACGCUGGGGAGGGCGAGCUCAUGCUCAGUCCUGCACAGGCGCCACAGGAGUCCCAGAGCCCAGACAGCGGGGCGCGGUCCGGCACCAGACGCGGUGGCUGCUAUUGGCUGAAGGGGACGGCCUACUCUGACAUCGGCACGCUGGCCUGGAUGAUCACACUGAGUGACGGCCUGCACAACUUUAUCGACGGCUUGGCCAUCGGCGCCUCCUUCACUGCCUCGGUGUUCCAGGGUGUCAGCACCUCCGUGGCCAUCCUGUGUGAGGAGUUCCCCCACGAGCUCGGAGACUUUGUGAUCCUGCUGAAUGCUGGCAUGAGCAUACAGCAGGCUCUGUUCUUUAACUUCCUGUCGGCUUGUUGCUGUUACCUGGGCAUGGGCUUUGGCAUCCUGGCCGGCAACAGCUUCUCCCCCAACUGGAUCUUUGCCCUGGCAGGGGGAAUGUUCCUCUACAUCGCUCUGGCAGACAUGUUUCCAGAGAUGAAUGAGGUGAGUCGUGAAGAAGAGGACGCGGGUGGCAGCAGCUUCCUCCUCACCUUUGCCAUCCAGAACGCCGGCCUGCUGACGGGCUUCGCCAUCAUGCUCCUCCUCACCAUGUACUCUGGACAGAUACAGCUGGGCUAGCACUGGACUCCCCUGGAACCAACAUCAGCUCUGACCAGUGAAAUGAAACAGAGCUGGUUUGUGAUGGUGUAAACUGCAAGCCCAAAGAAGAGGGAGCUUUUUUAGGGAACUUUCUCUCUCUUUAUCUGUCUCCCAUCCUCUGUUUUCAGGACCCUUGGAGUUUCGGUAGUUUGGCUGCUGUGCGGCAGGUACGCACACCUCUUUUUUUUUUUUUUUUUUUUCCCAAAAAAAUAGUAGCCGUUUAUUCAGAGUUCCUACAUGCAGUAGAUCCCAGACCAAGGGGGUGGAGGCCUUCUUAUUCAUGUAUUAUCCACCUUUUCCUGACAGCUGCUCCCUCUUAACAGUCUAGAAAUAUCAACUGAAGCAGCGAUCAGCCUGCAGAGACGAGACUUCCGAACUGACGUGCAAUACUCACCCAGUCACUCAAACUUUUCUCUACUUCCCAGACUACUGAUCAGCCAUUUUGGCUCCUGCUCUUCUUUUUUCUCCCUAUCGUCCUUCCCUCAGUGGAUGUCAUUUUGAGCCUCAACUGUUGCUGCUGAGUAUUUAGAUCACUAAUCCUCUGUGCCCACAACCUUCUGUUCCAGACUUUAACCCCUGUCCUCUUCCCUUUUUUCAUUACAUACCAAAAACGAAUCAUUAAGGACCUGACCUAGAAUUUCCAUCAAGUGUCAACAUCAAACUGACUUCCAGCUGUACUUUGUUGUUUGUUUAUUGAUGUUAUAUUUUUUAUAUACAUGAUAAACCUAAAAUCUGACUUUUGAAGACCAAAAAUGGGCAGACCAUUGGGAAUGCUGAAGGGCUACACAGUGACGUGUGGAAGGACACUCUUUAUUUCUUCUCAGUAAGGACUUGUAUACAUCCUUGGCAUGCAGUUAGAAAUCUUAAAUGAAGCCUGGGUCAGAUAUGUAAAGCGAAAUAAGGUCAAGAGUUUGAUAUUAGUGGCUUCAGAUGAGACGCAACAGCACUCAGCGUCCACGGCAGCAUUUCUCCAUAUAGUUUACCAUCUGUGCCCUUCAUUAAUAUAGCAUUGAAUAGUUUUUAUUCCUUGCAUUCUUGAACUCAAAGUGCAAAUCUCUGGUCCUCUCACAUCCCACAGACUUUUUCCCAGAAUGAUCUAUUCUUUUAUUGUACAGUAAUAGUUUGAACAGAAUACUGUAAGCUAUAUCACAUAUACAUGCACAUCUCGCCUACUUUUCUGUGACCUUAUCCAUAUUAAAUUACAUAAUAAUGAUA